CCAGUACAGUAGGUGGCGGUAUGCACCUAAAAGUUGUUUGCAAUCCGCCAUUAAAUAAGAGAAGAAGAAGCAGCAGCAGCAGCAGCAGCUGCUAAAAGAUGCUCGUCUUUCAGUAUUCGGUGACUGAGACUGAGUCCUAAAGGCACAGUGGAAUACGGUGGCGGCAGCAGCAGGCAUCAAGCUUAGAUGAAGGAUGAAGAGCCCGGUGCACAGAUGCAGGGAUGUGGAGCGCGGGCAUGGGCAGGGCAGGGCUGGGGCCAACUGCCUACAGGCCGAACAGCGCAUCCCCAUCUCCAAAGACGUCAUCACUUCGUCCUCUGCCUCUGCUAUGUGGUUCAUCAGGGACAUCUGUGGCAUUGUGUGCGCCGUCAUCACCUGGCUGCUGCUGUUGUAUGCAGAGUUUGUAGUGCUGUUUGUGAUGCUGCUGCCCUCCAAGAAUCUGAUGUACAGCAUUGUAAACGGGACCCUGUUCAACAUUCUGGCCUUCCUUGCCCUUGCCUCACACCUCAGGGCUAUGUGCACUGACCCUGGGGCAGUGCCAAAAGGGAAUGCUACUAAGGAAUACAUAGAAAGUCUUCAGCUGAAACCAGGGCAGGUGGUCUACAAAUGUCCCAAGUGCUGCAGCAUCAAGCCUGACCGAGCACACCACUGCAGUGUUUGCAAACGCUGCAUACGCAAGAUGGACCACCACUGCCCCUGGGUCAAUAACUGUGUUGGGGAGAACAACCAAAAGUAUUUUGUGCUUUUCACAAUGUACAUUGCACUCAUCUCCUUCCACGCUCUGCUCAUGGUGGUCUUCCAUUUCCUCUACUGCUUUGAAGAUGAUUGGACAAAGUGCAGUUCCUUCUCUCCUCCAGCAACCGUCAUCCUCCUCAUACUCCUGUGCUUUGAGGGUCUCCUCUUCCUCAUCUUUACCUCUGUGAUGUUCGGCACCCAAGUCCACUCCAUCUGUACAGAUGAAACAGGCAUAGAGCAGUUGAAAAAGGAAGAGAGAAGAUGGGCUAAAAAAACUAAGUGGAUGAACAUGAGGGCGGUAUUUGGACACCCUUUCUCCUUAUUGUGGUUUAGUCCCUUCUCCACCCCUGACCAUGGGAAGGCUGAGACCUACCAGUAUGUGGUGUGAGAGCUCAGCGCAUUGAACGAGGCGGCCAGGUCAAAACCAAAGUGUGAAAACCUUCCCAGCCCAUAGAGUCUGUUGCUCCCAAUGAUGUAUAUUUUACCUCCCACACUAGCCAUGGACAGCUUUUCAUCUGCUUUUUGUUCUGCCAUCUGUGCGCUUUGUUUUAUUUUUUGUUGCCUUAAGUAAGUUGAGUUGCAGAGAAAAAGAAAGCACUUUCAGUUUGUGAAUCCUGUUUUGAAACACUGUGAUACAUCUGUUUCUUUUCUGAGCGGUUUCUAUUUCUGUUGUCUGUUGCUGUUGUAUCUUCUCUUUUCUUGUACUGUUUUCUCUUGCUUUCCCCUAAAGGGUUAGUUCAGUUAAAUUCCAAAAAACACUCCCUUAUCCCUGGCCAUGCUGAUGGUUUUAGUUUUGGGUGUUGAAAACACAAUACAAUGGAAGAUAAUGGAAUUUAAUAUAUGGCUGCCAUUAACAAUUGUUUUCAUUAUUGAUAAAUCUAAAUUUUUAUAUGCUCUGACAUAUAAAAUGUCAGAGCAUAUAAAAAAAAGUUUUAUUCAACCAACAGAAGUUUUACAUUAAAAACAUAAGAUAUUCGAUUCACUACCAUAAAACACAACAUAAACUAAUUUCACAUUUGAAGAGCUGCUUUGUCUUUUUUUGGUUAAGAAAUUAUUAAACAAUUAUCAAAUAUGUUUUAGAAUAAUUUUGUUUUAAGUGACUCAAUAGACAAAUUGUUUAAACUAUAAUUAAUUUUUAAUUUUAAGGGAAAUAUGUGUAGUAACAAGGUAUCAUCCUCUUGUCAAACAGUAAUCAGUAGUGUAUUCCAGAUAUGGACAAAAAUAAACUUUUCAAAUAUGUUCCCACAAGAAUGGAUUGAAUGAAUUGUUAGGUUACAGUAGGUUAAGAGUAACAGUCUCCACAAUCAUAUUCCUUGUGGGAGCCAUUCUGCAAAUAUCCAUUCUUGGCUGACCUGGUGCCAAAUAAAGCACUGUAAAGGAACAGUUUGCUAUCAUUAUUGUGGAUAUUUGUGAAAAUAUUUUAGAUACAUCCAGUCGGGCAAAAAAAGUUAUUGUUCUGCUAGAAUAAAGUUGUGGCUUCUUUCACUCAUUCUUACAAUUAGUGAUGCACCAAUCCCAUGUUUUUUCCUGAUAUCUUAACUCACACCUGCCAAUACAAUAUCGAUUCCCAAGUGGUCUGUUUUUCCCUUUCCUUGGGAUAAUUUUUAUGGUGUAUCCCUAUUCACUAAAUGCAUGCAAUACCCAGUAUUGACUGUAAUACUGCGAUAACCCCCCGCACCCUCUGUGAAAAAUGUAAGUGGUAAAUUCAUGGGUGGUGUUCAAAGUGUCCACAGCUUACCUGUGAGACAAGUAGAUAGUAUCUUACCAUACAAGAAAACGUGUUUGAAGUCCCUUUAAAGUGUAUUUGAGCUUUACAUGACUGAGUGAAGGAUCCCUUUGAGAAAACUGCAUACAAGGCCAAAUAAUUCACACUGCAGUUUAAUCAUGUGUUUUAAAUUACUUAAAUAUCUACAUUUUACCCAAGUGUGGGACAUUCACCUGAUUCCUCUCUGAUACAUGCUUGACAUGAACAAAGACUUUGUUAGAGGACAGAGAUGGGUUUUUUUCCCUACCAAAAGGCAGGAAGUUUCUGUUUGUCCCACCAAACGGAAUCAAUUCAGAAUCAAAAAGCCAGCUUGCUUUGGUUUUGGCAGGUUUUCCUAAAUCAUUCUUCCAAUGCUCAAGGAGGAAAUUAAAUAAUUCAAGUAAUCAGUACAUAUGUCAGCUUCAUGUCUUUUAAGCAAUGGUUGUUAGAUUUGUCGGUAGAGUUAGCAGGCUGUCAACAAUCAUAUUUUAACAUAUGCUCAUUCUCCCUUUUUUGAGGAAAGGAUUGGCCUCCCUGUGUGUGUGUGUGUGUGUGUGUGUGUGUGUGUGUGUGUGUGUGUGUGUGUGUGUGUGUGUGUGUGUGUGUGUGUGUGUGUGUGGUGUGAGCGUCUUCCAAAAUUACCUGAUUAUUUAGAAAAACUUUGAUAUGAAAUUCUUCAAAAAAGGACACCGGCUCUGCAUUAAAAUUGAAAAAUAUGAAAACCUGUGUGGAGGAAGGGAAGCAUAGUUUAAAAAUGUAUUGCUCUGCAUACAUCUUGUUAUGCAGCAGCGUUAUAUUAGUUUGACUGUAUUUCUGCACUACUGCAUUUAACAAAGUAUUAACUUUCAUCAUUCAUAUUUACACUAUUAAAGUGCCCAUAUUAUGAAAAAAUCACUUUAUUAUUGUUAUUUUGUAU